AUGGAGAUGUUUGCUCAUGUUGGAGCAUUCCAGGGUCAAUUUGAGUCAACAACAAGCUCUGCACUAAAACAGGUCCACGACUUAGAAGCAGCUCAGUAUAUUGAGGAGAGACUGUUGCCAGCAUACAGAGUUCGGGAGCAGAGAGCAGUGAACAACAAUUUCCCUUUUUCUUCUCAUGACAACAGACACUGUCUACGCAACUUUGGAGAGUAUUUUGAUUCUGGUAUGGGUCGGAGGAAGGUGAAACCAGAAAGACAGCAACAGAGCUCACAGAACUUCCAGCUACAGGCUCAUGGAGCAGUUCCUAGCAGCAAGGAUGGCUUAACCAUUUAUCAGACAUCAUUUGUGAAAAAUCCAAAAGCUGAGGGUCCGUUUUAUCGGCGGUAUCCAAAACACCACUCAGAAAAAUGGUGCAGUGGCAAACAUGCUCCUGAGAGUGAAAAAAAGCUGCAGCCAAACAAGUCACCUUGA